AUGAGAACCACAGAGAAGGAGUGCUGUGACCUGGGGUACCAUGCCAGUCUGAACCGAGCCCUGAGGACGUACUUAUCCGCAGAAUACAACCUGGAGACAUCGCGGCACGAGGGUCUGGACAUCAUCGAGAACGCAGUGGACAGUUUGGACCCCAGGAGCGACCGGCAGAGGUUCAUGGAGAUGUUUCCCACGGCCUUUUGCCCGCCGUGUAAAUUCGAGUUCCAGGCGCACAUGGGAGACGAGGUGUGUGGGGUCUCGGUGCAGCCGCCGGUCAACGGAGAGCUCAUACUACGGUUUCAGCAGCUGCAGUCUCGACUCGCCACUCUAAAGAUUGAAAAUGAAGAGGAUGGAAGCUACAGCGGGAGCCAAAGGGAAGUCUCUGUGUCUCUGUCGUGUAGAAUGAAGGCCAAGCACUUCACAGAGUAA